AUGGGUCAUGGCAUGAUGGAACCAACUAAGCGUUUGUAUCGUGCGGGAGGGGAUGACGCGUUGGAUCUCGAGGGAAGGGAGAGAUAUCGACCUGGUGGAUAUCACCCAAUCCAUUUCAACGAUUAUCUUGACCCAGAAAAUCGGUUUCAGGUCGUUCACAAACUUGGGUGGGGUAAUAGUUCUACAGUUUGGCUCUGCUACGACGAGAAAUGUAGGUAUUAUAAGUCGGUAAAGGUCAUGACUGCAGAAGAGUCGGUCGAGGAAUGCCCGGAGCUUCGAAUAUUGAAGGCUCUAGCCGAUGUUAGCGACAAAGAACUUAGAGAAAACCACCUUAACAUACCUCGAGAUCACUUUUGGAUCAACGGGCCAAAUGGGCGUCACCUUUGCUUAGUUUCGGAUCUCCUCGGACCAAGUUUAUUUAUGAACCAUCCUGAUGGCAUGGGCAUUCAUACUCCGGAAUUAUUGACGGACAUAACUUUCCAAGUAAGCAAAGGGCUGCAGUAUCUCCACCGAAAGGGGAUCUGCCAUGGAGACCUGAGGCCAAGCAAUAUACUAAUGCAGCUGGAUACAUACGAUGUGAUGGAAUUGACUGGUCGUCAGAUUAGCAAGUACCUUGGACCAAGACAAUACGCGCCUUUAGAAACUCUUUCGGGCAAUGAUCCAAAGCCCCAUGGGCCUGAUUACCUAGUCUUCCCAGUUUCAUUAGAAACUUUACAAAGAAAAUGUCGCACGGGAAGGGUAGUAAUCGUCGAUUUUAACGACAGCUUCUAUCACUCGGACCCCCCAUCCUUUCCUAAGUGGAAUCGACAAUAUGCCGCACCAGAGCUCCUGUUUACAAAGACACUGAGCGGCCCCUUGCAGGAUAUCUGGGCACUCGCCUGCACGAUAUACGAAAUAAAGACUCGGACACCGUUGUUUAGUGAAUAUGAAAAUUACACAUCUUUAAUACGUCAGAUGGAACUAUGGUUUGGACCUUUGCCAGCGGGGUAUCGACAGUCAGCGAGAACUCAUCUAGAAAGGGAGGGAAAACAUCAACCCGCGUCUAAGGAUGCGAAAGAACAUUCAGACUCGACGAAUUUAGCCUUGGAAGAAACACUCCCUAACAUAGAUCAGCUAAUUUCGCUAUCCCCAGAAGAAGAGCGGAAUAUGCGAAAGACUUUUAUAGGAAAAUCUGAGUGGCUGACCCCUCUACAAGCAUCUCUUGGCAGAGAGCGAGAUUGUUCUGUCUACGAAAGGAACAGCGGGGCAUAUACUUCAUUAGACGAUACUGAAUCCGACACUGACAGCUCCGAUUAUGCAAGCCAGGACUGGACAUCGGAAGAUGAAGGUUCUCAAGGAGAUAUAUAUGCCCAGGCAGAUCUCAUUUUUGACGGAAUUGAGGAAGAGAGUCUAGCCCCAGAUGGGUUUGGAGGGGAUGUUGAGGGAGAGCCAUAUUCUCCUUUGUUGCAAAUGACCGACGCCUCCGAAAAUCAAUCGGGGCAAGUUCAUGACGAGGAAUCACCCGCUAUGCCGACGACGCGGACCAAAGACAGCGAAGUCCCUUUCGAGCACGGGCCUGGCAGUAGUGAGACGGAAUCAGCUACAAGUGAGAUGAUUCUCAGAGAGCUGCUAGCAAAACGGGAUGUGGAUGAAUCGUCAGAGGAUCGAGAUACAAAGCGGCGACGUACGAGUGAGGAUUCGCCUAAAAGAAGGGGGGAAUGGGUAAAGAGGGUAGUUAGUAUGCCUAAGGAAGAGGUCCUUCUUUUGUCGGAUCUUCUAUCGCGCAUGUUUAAGCAUGAUCCAAGAGAGCGCAUAGACAUCGACACUAUCAUCGACCAUGACUUUUGGGGAGAUAGGAGGUACAACAAGCUAGCUAACCCCAACAGCUCCAUCGACGGCGUUCUAGACCCUAUAUCGACAAGGACGCGCAGUCAAAAAUCAAGGGUCGAAGAACGAUCAGGGCAAGAGACAGAGCCUUCUCAGGAAGUUGGACUAAGCGAGCCAACAGAAGGCGAACCAACAGACGUUGGCAAAGAUUAGCGAUAUUGUUGUGAGAAUUUCUUAUAAGCGCCAGCCUUACGCAUCCAACGAAACUUCUAUGUCUGGACACGAGAUUAUCUGCCAAUUUCAAGAUUGUCAUAGUUGAAAGGAGGCUGGGCGCAUAUAGAAAUUGAGGGUUAAUCACCUAAAACCUACCACAUUUCGUAGAGGAAGACAUUCAACAUAGGAAUUUUAAAUGGUGAACCUACCCAGUCAAGGCGAUAGAUAC